AUAGGAUUCACCUUGGCAAUGGAAUGUAUGUCGGACGUGGUAAUUAAGAUAAGACCAAUAGAGCAGUAUAAAAGCUUUGCAAAUGAAAGCCUCACUCACUUUGAAAUAUUUUUUACGGACUGGCAUAUCUUCAAACAAUUAAAAAUGAAGGCAAUCCUAGCGGUUACCGUGUCCGCCCUGUUGUUGGUGCAACCCUUAAUGUCCCUCCGAAUCCCCACCACAAAGACCCAACAUAAGCUUCUCCUGCACUCAGUGAUUCGUCCCGUCCCCGAGGCGUCACGAGUGGGCCUCGACAAAUGCAAGAUGUGCAUUGACUUCGCCGAUCAAGCUUUGAACGAACUGCUGAAUAUCAUUCUUCAGGGAGGAGUAAUCGGCGGCUGUGCCGACCUGUGCAAUGCUCUUGCAUCCAAGACCUCGCCAGCAAUCGGUACCGUGUGCAAUCUCCUCUGUGACAUCGUCGGGAUAGAAGAGUUCAUCAAGAUUGUCCAGAACGCCGACCUGGACCCAAUCUACUACUGUGAGCUGCUGCCACUUUGCCCCAUCAACGACAAUGGCGACGCAAAGUUCUCUGUGUUCGAGGUGAACCCUACAUCCGGGCCACAGGGCAAGUUUGACAUUGACUUCACCUAUGUCUCCCAGAACGGUACCGGCACUGGUGAGAUCUCUAUCGAAAUAGACACCGUUGAUGGCAUUCCUCUCGGCCAGGCUUUUCUGCACGAGCUGGCCCCUGCCGGGACUUUUAACGGUGACAUCCAGUUGAAUGCUCAGCCUGACCCCGACUGUGACCCAAGUCAGGGACCUUGUGAACAAUGGCUUCCAGGAGACUACACUGUUAAAAUCGCCAUCUGCAACGGAGAAUGCGGAAGCAAGCAUCCACAUAGCAAGGUGUACGACGAAGCCCAAGCCACCUUUACAAUUACUCAGUGAAUCAUGCCACAGAGUCUUUAGCCUUCGGUGUGUGAUAACCAAUAACAGUUAAGCCAUGAGUGUUAGCCUUCGAUAUUUGCUAACCAAUAGUUGCGGAAUAAAUGUUCUUAACACCA